AUGGCUGCUCCUAACAGGCAAUAAGAUUUAUUAAAGUUGAUGAAAGAAAACAAUAUUGAUAGAAAUCAAUUUUCAGAAGAAGAGCUCAAAUUAAUUGAGAAUGGAGGGAUUUCUCUUAGCGAAAGUGAAGUUGAUAUUGAUCAUGAUAGCUUAAGAGAAUCUCUUAAUAGUUCAAGAAUCAUGAAGCAAGAAAUAGAUAUCAAUAAAAUUUAAAAUAAAAAAGCUCAAAAUGUCUCAUUUCGUAGCAACCCAAUAGUUUUACACAAUACUCAUGUAAGAAUGCAUCCUUCUGAAGCUAAUUCAUUUAGUUAAAACCCACCAGUAAAUGGACCUGGUAUCGGAUUUACAUCUUAAACAAGCGCUUAGCUUUAGGAAUUAGAUGCUCUCAAUUUAAAAGCUAAAUAUACCUCAAUUAUUAGUAUGCUAGAGAAAUAAAACUAAUUUUUGAACAAUGAAGUGUAACGUAUGAAGGUUUAAUUUGACUAAGAAAAGAUAAUAAUUCAUAAUGAUCAUAAAAGAGAGGAAGAAAGAUUAUUGAAUGAAAUUAAAAAUUUAAGAACCAAGGCUAUUCAUAUUGAAGGCUAAAUUCCUUUAAUAAAAGAAGCAUUAGCUUAAGUUAGAGAUAUGCUCUCAGGUUUAGUACCAGAGAAUGUCUACCUUCGUUUGAGGGAUUUGCCUGAAAAAGAUUUACCAACUAAUGAGUGGAUACUCGUAAAUGUUUGGGAAAUGGUUUAUCCCUUUAAGAAGGAGAGUGAAUUAUAAAAAAAAGAAAUUAAUAGAUUAAGGGAUGAGCUUAAAAGAAACGGUGACAAACAAUCAUAAUUAUUAAGUGAAUUAGAACACACAAAUCGUAUGCUUAAUGAUAAAGAUGAGGAUUAUAAAAGACACACUUUGAAUUAUGACAAUGCAAGAAGAAUGUUGGAGUUAGAACUUGUUAAACAAUAGGAAGAACUCGAUAUUUUUAGAGAAAAAGCUAGUUCUUAUGAUGAAUUAAUGAGAAAAUUCAAGCAGGUUGAAUAAGAAAAGCUAUUGUUAGAAGAAAAAAUUGGUUUCUUUAACUAAGAUUCAGAUGGAAAACACGUUUUGAGUGAUGUUUACAAGACUACUGAUGAUUUGAGAAGAAAGAAUGAUCUCUUAGUUCAAGAUAAGGAUUACUUGACUAAGGAAAACAUUUAACUUCAUGAAAAGAAUAAACGUUUGGAAGAUAGAAUUGAUAGAUUGGAAAAAGAUUUAAUUGAAGCUAAAGACUAAGCUUAAGAAUAUCUGUUCUAAUUGCUUAAUCACAAAAAUGCAACUACAGUUGACUUCGAAAAACGUAUUCAUAAAGAAAUCUCUGAACUUAGAGAAAAGCAUGCUUUCGAAAUAGAAACAACUAAAAAUAAUUUGGUUGAAAUUUAUGAAAAGCAAAUUCGCUUCUUAAGAGAUGCUAAAGAAGAAGUAGAUAUCAAAAGUGAGAGUUUGACUGGAUAGCUACGUGAAAAAUAGAGUGCUUAUGAAGGUCUUUUAAUAGAAAAUAGAACUUUGCAAAAAAGAGUUGAAAGUGAUAUGGCUGAAUUGAGAAUUUAGGUGAGACUUAAAUCAGAAGAACUUGAAAGAAUUUCUAAUUUGUAUGAAGAAAAUCUAACAAAUAUCAAAGCUUAAAGGUUAGAAAAUGAAAUGUUAAGAGAAAAGAUGAUAGUCUUAAGACAAGAAUACUACAAAGCUGAAAAUUCUCAAAAAGAAGAAUAUGCAUAGCUUAAGGCAGAGUUAGCAGUUUCCAAGGAGUAACUUAGAAACUAUGAACUUAUGGAGAAGGAAAUAGAUGAUGCAGUUAUGGGAUUAGCUGGAAGCUCUAAUCCACAUGAUCCUGAUAACAUAUACAUGCAAACAAUUUAAAGUGCCCCUACAUCAAACAAAAGAAGAAUCAGAUAGGCUAUCAAUCUUGCCCAAAGAUUAUAGGCUAAAUAAAAGGAGACAGAGUUGCUUUAGUCAUAACUCAAGUUAAAGACAGAGGAAUUAGAAAAAGCAUAGGAAGAACUUAGAAUUACAAGAGAGUUGGUAGACAGAUCAAGUUAACCAUACUCAUUUGUUAUAUCAUAAAUCGAAGAAAAAGAAAAAGAAAUUUUAUAAUACAAGCAAUCACUUAAAAAGUCAGACUAAGACUACUAAAAUUUAAAAGCAGAAUACAAUGUUUUAAGAGAAUAAUACGAGCGUGUAGAAGGGGAUGUUAAGAAACUUCUAAUAAGAAGAGAAAAUAUUUAAAAUAUAUAAACUCUAUUAAUCAGAUUAGCUUAAGCAGAUAAAGAUAAUGUCUAAUCAAAUGUUAGAGAUAUAUUACAAGAAAUACAUGAAAUAUUAUCAAACAAGCCUAAUAUAGAUCCUAUAUAAUAUAGCUAGAACACAAAAACAAUUCCUAAAAAAUCAGCAGAUUUAAAUGCUAGCAGAGUAGAUUAAAAUACCUCUUAAUAUUAAAGUGCGUAUAAUUAAGUUCAAAGUAGCUAAUCUGGAAUUCCAGCUUGGGCUAGUAAACUUAAAUCUAAAUUAAAUAAGUGA